AUGACUGGAAACACAUCGGGAAGAACUCCAACAUUUAUACAGUUGACCACCAGGGAUGGCCCUCUCGCCCAGAUUUGGCUGGCUUCCAAUAUGUCGCAUGCUCUUUCAAAGACAGUAUCACAACAAACAGAUAUUGUGAAAUCUGUUAAAGAAAUCACAAAAGUUGCUGGGUGCUCUUCGGAGGGCGAACAUGUCGAACCUAUAACGUUACGCGUAUCAGGCGAACUACUGCACGGUGUCGUCCGUGUUUACUCAAAAAAGGCAUCGCUCCUUUUGAAUGACAUAAAGGACACAUUGACUAAGAUCACAUCGUUAUUCAGAACAAAUCAAACUUCACUAACUCUACAUGCUGAAAGAACUGUGAUCACUAAUCUAAACCAGCUUAUGCUUCAAGAUACAGUGACUGAAAGAGAUGUUCUUGCUGUUCCUGAGUUAGAUUUCCUUGGAGAUCAUGACCUCCAGUCGGCCUUCAUGGGAGGAGAAACAUCCAUGCAAAGGCAUGUGCAAGGCGCUGCUCCCUGGGAUACGUCGAUUGAAGUUGGCAGACGGUUUGCACUUGACGACGAUCUAGAUUAUGACAGAUCGUUCGAACUUGAUUUGGACUUUGACAUUAGAGAUAAUGCUUCCAGAUCUUGGGGUGAGGGUACUCAGGUCUCGAUGAAUAAGUCGUCUUUAUUACAGAAUGUGAAAGCUAUAGAUGAUGAUGAAGAUUUUCCGGACGGCGAUGAAGUUGCGUGGGAUUUGGGUAUAAAUGAGGAGGGCACGCAGCCUGGGAGCGAACAUGAUUCAGACAGGUCAUUAGAGCUUGGAAGACGCGCUACACAAGAAGAGUAUCUACAUGAACAGACUGAAUUCGAUUUCGAUCUUGACUUGGAUAAAGUACCCAACGAAGAGCAAUCAUCGACACAGGAGGUGCAAGAUGAUGCGGAACAAAAUUUAACCGUUAGGAAAUCGCCCAAGAAAACCUCGGCACUUCUAAAUGUUAAAACGCUAAUAUCUGACUCUGAUAUUGAGCUCAAGGACGGUACCUUGAAAAAUGAAUCUCCUCCGCCUGUUGAAGAAGUCCCUACUCCUGCCCAACGUGAAAUUUUGGCGGGCAGCAAAAGAUUAUGGGUACAAAUCUCAGAGAACCUAGAUUAUUUACCAACAUCCGUAGUCGACAAUCUUCUACCGUACCACCGAAUCAAAAAGCAAAAAACGAAUGAUGGAGCAUCAUCUCAAGCAGAAACAGAAGAUCUGCAUUUAGACAUCUCGCUUGGACUUGACAACGACCUUCUUUCCGAUGAAGGUAGUGGCGAUCUCGAUGCUAUUACUGACCGUAGUAGGGGACUAGCUAAUGAUGAAGCCAGCGAUGAAAUCGUGAACGGAACGAGUGCAUCAGCGGAUCUACACGAGUUUUCUAACGUCAGCAGUGAGGUAUUGUCUAAUUCCCAGCCCCAGCAAAUACAACUCUUGACAGGUGAAACUGUUCCUAAGGAAACUGUAGAUAUGGCUGAAUUACUAAGAACGCAAUUUCUCACAAAAGACACUACAACAUUCGAGGAAGUAACGAUUGCUAAAAGCCAAAACGAACGUUCAACGGAUGUCGCCACAAGAAGACAAGCCAGCGUGGCAUUUUUUGACAUUCUCUCUUUAGCUACUAUGGGAUGCCUUGACCUAGAGCAACAAAAAGAGUUCGGUGAAAUUCAAAUAAAAGGGAAGGCCUCCCUCUACGAGAAAUUUCUGACGGCGUGA